AUUUCUAGUACCUGAUUUAAAAUCGCCUUGUCUAAGGGUUUUGAAAAUUUAAUAUUUACAUGACAUAAUGUCUGACUGAUGUAUGAUUAAAGUGUCCUAAUGACAGAAAAUUAUAUUUUUACACAUUUAUUUUAAAAUUAGUGCAAUAUACUAACUGGAAGUUAUGACAGAGCAACCCCUACUAAUGGAUAAUUUGGAUAAUAUUUUAUUGUCAAUCGGCGAAUUUGGAAAAUACCAGGUUUGGGUACUAAUGUUUAUAUGCAUUGCUCUCAUUUUGAAUACUGGUAGCCACAUUAGUUACGUCUUUACCGCAUUUACAGUUAUAAAUUAUAGAUGUAAAAUUCCCGAAUGCGAUACAUCUCCCCCCGACUAUGACGCUGGAUUCCUCACCAAUGCCGUACCAUUUAAGAAUAAGUUACCGUCAAAAUGUGAAACAUUUUUGUAUAAUUUUUCCAACGUAGAGCCGCCCAUUAUAUGCACUCCGGACGUUUUCGAUAAAAGCGGGACCCGCAAGUGCAAUGAUUUCGUUUAUGAGACGGACGUUUGGAGUAUUUUACAAGAAUAUGAUUUGCAAUGCGAAAAUAACGAGUGGAAAUUAACCAUGGUUGGUACAGUCAAUAGCGUUGGACAAUUUGUUGGACUCUUUCUAGGUGGGCUCAUAUCAGAUCGAUUUGGUCGCAAAUUCGUUCUAAUUUGGGGUAUGAUAUUUUGCGCCGUUUUUGGACUAUUGAGGACAUGUAUGACUAGCUACGAAUGGUUUUUGGUUUUCGAAUUUUUAGAUGCAGUUUUCGGUGCUUCGACAUACAUAUGUGGCUUCGUACUAGGUGUGGAAUUGGUAGGCCCUAAAAAGAGAGUAUUGACUGGAAUUUUGACGAGCUCUAGCUACGCUCUUGGAGAAAUAUUUACAGCCGCGUCUGCAUGGGCUGUCAAAUCUUGGAAGCCGAUCAUUUAUAUCCUGUACAGCCCCAGUUUCCUUCUAAUUUUCUACAUUUGGCUGGUGCCCGAAUCGAUCAGAUGGCUACUUAGCAAGGGACGGACCGAAGAAGCGAAGGCCAUCUUAAAAAGAGCGGCCAAAUUCAACAACAGGGAACUAUCAGAGAGCACGUUGGAGAAACUCACCAUCUCCACGUCGAAAGAGGAGGAAGAAAAGGGGGCUCUGCUGCAGGCCUGCAAAUCUUCGAUACUCUGUAUACGGCUGAUCGUAUGCGCUUUCUGCUGGAUCGUGUGCGCUUUCCUGUUUUACGGAUUGACGUUGAACUCGGUGAGUUUGGUGGCCGGCAAUCCGUACUUGGACUUCAUGUUGACGGCGCUCAUAGAAAUACCUGCUUACGUGUGUUCGCACUUCAUGCUGGAUAUGUACGGAAGGAGAAAACCUCUGUUUGCGUCGUUCUUUGUUACCGGAUUGGCUUGCGCGUCGUUCAUAUUCGUUCCGGCUGAUUCGCACGCCGGUACCUUAGCUGUAUUUUUAAUUGGAAAAUUUGGAGCAACAUUAGCCUUUACAAAUUUGUAUGUGCACACCAGUGAAAUGUUUCCAACGAAAACGAGACACACGUUUAUGGGAUGCUGUUCCACAUUGGGACGGUUGGGAUCAAUGUUGGCCCCACAGACGCCUCUAUUGGCACAAUUGUGGACGCCUCUGCCGUUGGUAUCGUUUGCAGUAAUGGCCGCCCUGGCGUGCAUGUUAUCUCUUCUAUUUCCGGAAACUGCAAAUAUCAAACUACCCGAUACGAUCGAAGAAGCCGAAAAUCUGUCAAAACUGCCUAAAACUGUCAACCAAGAAAAGCACAAUGCGUAGUUGAGAUUAAUAAUGAAGAAAUUUUAUCUAGACAAAAUUGUAUUUAUUAUAAUUAUUAUAUAAGUUAGAUUUUGCUACUGUGAUAUUUACUGUUUUAUUUAUAGUUUUAGUAAAUUAUUAUGAUUUAGUUAGUUAUAAUAUUUUAAUGAUACAUAAUUUUAUGUAGUUAAAAAAUGUCAGUACCUAUAACAAUCUCUUGAACUUAGAAAAAUAGUAUACAUUUCUAUAAAUUCUUUUUAUUGAAAUAUAUAUUUUGAAAAUUGAAAAUGUAUUUAUGUAAUUUGGUAUUUAUUUAAUGUACAAAAAUAUUGGAAUAAAAUAUUUAUCAGAUUUGCAUUAAUUAUA